AUGUUGCAAUCAACGAAGCUUGUGCUGUUCACAGUACUAUUCUUGGCUAUCGGAAGUAACCAGUUGAUGGCGAAACUAAUUGGUCCACCGGUGAGCAACAAUUCCAGAUAUACAAGUCCAAGUCCAAGUACAAGUAUAAGUACAAGUACAACUACAAGUACAACUCCAAUCCCAAGUACAACCAGAAGAACAACUACGAGUACAACUACAACUACAACGGAGGCUCCAAAUGCUUAUAAUCAUCCGAAAUUUCACUUAGCUACCGAGAAGCUGAAUUGGUUUGGCGCAAUUGGUUACUGCCUCGAGAGAAAUUGGAAACUCAUCGUUUUGGACUCCGAAGCAAUCAGAAAGGAGUUCGAAAGUUUUCUUACUAAAUACCAGUUGAGAAAACUUCCCUUCUGGACAGCUGGCAAUCAAUUGGGCGAUAUGAAAACCUGGCGUUGGGGUCUUGAUGGACCGAAACUUGGUUAUACCUAUUGGGCAAAGGGUCAACCGGAUAAUUACAAAAACCAACAACAUUGCCUCAAACUAUUUGCAAAUAGUUUGCAAUGGGACGAUGAUUAUUGUGAGAGGGCUAUAAAUUUUGUAUGCUUGAAAAAUUGA